CCUCCGCGGCGCAGCCGGGCGCCAGCCUCGGGGGCAGAGGGCCGGACUUGGGGCGGCGGGGGCGCGGCGCGGCGGUGCUAAAGCGGCGGCGCUGAAGCGGUGGCGGCGGGAGUGCGCGGCGGCCCUGGCGCUCGGCAUGGCUCGUCUGGUGCUGGGUCUGCUGAGCUGUACCUUCUUUCUAGAAGCAAAUGCUCUGUAUUCCUCUGGUGAUGAUGUAAUCGAAUUAACUCCAUCAAAUUUCAACCGAGAAGUGAUUCAAAGUGAUAAUUUGUGGCUUGUAGAAUUCUAUGCUCCAUGGUGUGGCCACUGCCAAAGGUUAGCACCAGAAUGGAAGAAAGCAGCAGCUGCUUUAAAAGAUGUUGUGAAAGUUGGUGCAGUUGAUGCCGAUAAACAUCAGUCGCUAGGAGGUCAAUAUGGUGUUCAGGGAUUUCCUACCAUUAAGAUUUUUGGGCCUAACAAAAACAAACCGGAAGAUUAUCAGGGUGGCAGAACGGCUGAAGCCAUCGUAGACGCUGCUCUUAGUGCUCUGCGCCAGCUCGUGAAGGAUCGCCUUGGGGGAAGGGCUGGUGGAUCUAGCUCUGGAAAACAAGGUAGAAGUGAAAGUUCAAGCAAGAAAGAUGUGAUUGAGCUGACAGACGACACCUUUGAUAAGAAUGUCCUUGACAGUGAAGAUGUUUGGAUGGUUGAAUUUUAUGCUCCUUGGUGUGGACACUGCAAAAACCUAGAGCCAGAGUGGGCCGCUGCGGCUACAGAGGUGAAAGAGCAAACAAAAGGAAAAGUGAAGCUCGCAGCCGUGGAUGCUACAGUUAACCAGGCUCUGGCCAGCCGAUACGGGAUUAGGGGAUUUCCUACAAUCAAGAUAUUUCAGAAAGGCGAGUCUCCAGUGGAUUAUGAUGGGGGGCGGACAAGAUCAGACAUCGUUUCACGGGCCCUCGAUCUGUUUUCUGACAGUGCUCCCCCUCCUGAGCUGCUUGAGAUCAUCAAUGAAGACAUUGCCAAGAAGACAUGUGAGGAACAUCAGCUCUGUGUUGUGGCUGUGCUGCCCCAUAUUCUUGAUACUGGAGCUACAGGCAGAAAUUCUUACUUGGAAGUUCUUCUGAAGUUGGCAGACAAAUACAAAAAGAAAAUGUGGGGGUGGCUGUGGACAGAAGCUGGAGCCCAGUCUGACCUGGAGAACGCUUUGGGGAUUGGCGGGUUUGGGUACCCAGCCAUGGCAGCCAUUAAUGCACGCAAAAUGAAAUUUGCUCUUCUGAAAGGAUCUUUCAGUGAGCAGGGCAUUAAUGAGUUUCUCAGGGAGCUUUCUUUCGGGCGUGGAUCUACAGCACCUGUAGGAGGUGGGGCUUUCCCUCCCAUCAGCACCACGGAGCCCUGGGACGGCAAGGAUGGCGAGCUUCCCAUGGAAGAUGACAUCGACCUCAGCGACGUGGAGCUGGACGACCUUGAGAAGGAUGAGCUCUGAGAGGCUCCGCAUGGACCUCUGUUUUCUUUUCUUGGGAGCAGAUUUUCCCAGCAGUGAAGGAACAUUCUUUACAAUCAGAUGAAUCUACCAGUGGCCUUUCUCACCAAGAAGUAGCACUUGAUCGGUCAUUUGAAAUCACUGCAACAGUGAACUUUUGCAUCUCAAGAAAACAGUGGAAAAUUCUAUGAAUUGUAGCCAAGGAAUUGGGUUGUCUGUCAAGUAAUAUUUUGAAGAAAACUGAUGAGCUAUUGAAACCUUUUUUCCCCUUCCUCUGACUGCUGCUUGAAUGUUCUUGGAGGCUGUUUCUUAAUGUAUAAGUUUUUUAAUGUGAUCCUUUUGUUUGAAUAUUAAUGGCCUUUUUCCAUUAAAGAAUAAAAUAUUUUGGACAAUGUCAGUAAAGGUACAAAAUUAGUGUCCACCUCACAAAUUCAGAGUCAGAUGUUUAGCCAGUAAGUUAGUACUAUGAAGGGAUGACUGAUGUCUUUCCUCCCUAAAGACCUGCGACUUCAAUGACACCAUCCGGAUCCCUGCCACAACACAGAUUAUACACGUGUCCUGAGCCAGGUUCCUUCUGUAAGUGCAACGUAAAGCAAGUUGAUAGAGAAGAAUGGAAAAUGGCGGGUUGUCAUUGAGAACUGCACUUCAUGCCCAGUAUUUUGUCUUUGGGCCACCACCAGUGACUUACUAGGGGACAUAGCUGGUUAUACAGUCUGCUCAACGUUUUAAUGUUAUUCCUUAGCCUCACAAAACUGCCCAUUAAGACAUACAGUAGUAGAUUACCAAUUCAUAGGCAGUCACCAUCUAUAUAAAACAUUCAGAGAAUUGAAGUUUUGAAUUGUUAGAAUAUAACCGGAGAGAGAAAAGGACUGAACAUUUCUUUAUUGUAACUUAAAAAAAAAUAAAUACAACUGUAACUGA